GUGAUCAAGAUGCUGUUUGUCAUCGUGGCGCUGUUCGCCUUCUGUUGGCUCCCUUACCAGCUCUACAAUGUUCUCCGGGAAGUGUUCCCCAAGAUUGACAAGUACAAGUACAUAAACAUCAUAUGGUUCUGUACUCAUUGGCUGGCUAUGAGUAACUCCUGCUACAAUCCUUUCAUUUAUGCGAUCUACAACGAGCGCUUCAAGCGUGAGUUCGCGACUCGCUGUACCUGCGGUGGUCACCGUUACAAGUCUCCCAAAAGCCGCUUUGCCUCGUACGAGCAGGAAGACAACAACUCGACCAUUAUAGUGUCCAUGCGGCACUCGUUCCGGCUCAGUUUCAAGAACUCGUCGCAGCUCAAAGCGAGCACGCAGGUGUGAUGGAGCCACCGGCGAAAUCUGACUGGCUCACGUGAAUCAGGGAAGAUGACGAGACGGGACUACGGCGUCCCCGGCUUUCCUGCACUACCUCCAGCGGCGCUGACUGAACCUGGGUGCAACCACCCCGAUGACCGCAGCGCCGACGCACAGCUGCGCCACUCCAAAGACGACCGCACGCCGUGGAUCAAACGGCCGUGCCCCACCGAUCUUCGACACUGAACUUGAGCCCUGGUGUCGCACUAAGAAAAGUGCCCGGCCUGUUCGACUGACGCGUCACAGGUGUUUCACUGUACACAUUGAUGUGUCUGCGCGUGCGUGCGUGAGUAUGUGUGUGCGUGCGUGUGUUCCACUUAUGACACUCAUUAGCCGGUGCUGUAGAGACGCAGCGAGGAAUGUCGUGCUACAGUGACUUCAGGGCGUGCCGGAAAACGUACCCAGUGCGUGUUAAAGCAGUGUUAAAGCAGUAUUGCGGCCCUCAUGGUGCCAAGUUGAAAGUUGGAAGGGGUUUGGCGUACGUGUGUGUACCGUCGAAUGACGUGCGACACCAAGCGUCGUAGAUAUUUGGGAACUUUGAGAGUGCAAGGACUCUAACGGUUGUCUUUCACGAAUGUUUUUUCCACAUGUUCUCUUGCUUUCUGCUCUCUUCGUGCGUGUUCACUGGGGGAUGAAGAGGCCACGCGUUUGACUGUCACUGCGCGUGUGGCAAGACCAGGCACAAGAACCAACACAUGCCUGUUCAGAGAGACCAAAGUGUGCGCUUACGGCGCUGUGCUACGUGGCAUCGUGGCAAAGCGCCGAGAGGUGCUCUCACCCCGCUAUCGCAUACUUGAACCGCAGUUGGAUUUUAGUGUCAAUGUAAAGGCUGGUAAUGUUAUCCGUGUUCUUACACCGCUCUUAAAGACGUUUAGCUUGCUAAAUGUAUAGUGUACACUACACGGUCUUCAUGUGGAUGUGUUUGUGUUCAAUUUAAGGUUUUUAAUCAUGAGGGAACUGUGUGCGCUGUACUUACGAAAGGAAAGAGCCGAGUGACUAAAGGCUCCAGUGAAUCUCGUCUAUUUUCGAAGGAUGCGUUCUCUUACGGCCUAAUCGUUACGUGUACUGCCUCAACUUUGCUCCGUGAUUUCUUCCUUAUGUGUGUUUAACUUUUUCGUGCAGUUAUCUUCUCUAUUAGCCUUGAUACAAACUGCUGGCUGCAAUGUAUACGUACCAACUCUCGCCCAGCUGUCAACUCUACCAGCCAUCAUUUUAAGGCAUCCGCCAUGAAACCUCAUUGUUGUUAAAGAUGACAGUGCGACAGUGGUUUUAGCUCGGCUAAUGUCAAAAGCCUCAGUGACCUCACUUCGCUUUUACAGCGCUUCGCUUAAGGCACUUCACUCCCAUCACCAGGCAUAUGCGAACAGGAUAGCCUCCGUGACAGUAUUGAUACAGGACGCAAUUGCACUCCAGUAACCGGAGCUUUCAGCAUGAGCCCAUAGACCGCUCUCAACCAAUAAUACCAACCUGAAGUGUCAACUGCCGUGUUGAAGUGUUAAACUGCCGCCACUGUAUACACGUUCCUGGUGAUUUCCUCAAGCGUCCUCCUCUUUUUCCUCUCAGUCUAGGCCGAGUACGCGAUAGUGAGGAAAGCGGCGCACGGUGAUUACCGCAAGAGCUGCUACAAAUCUGAAUUUGCGGUGCUUCGAGGGAGCAGCCAUGUCUUGUAGGGAACCGCAGGAAAGAAUGAAAGAACCGCCAUAACGCUGGGACGUUCCUAUCGCAUGCUUGUUGCCAGUGUUCGCUCGCCAUGGCUUUGACGUCAGCUGCCCCGUCAUCAAACUGCCAGCCUAGCGCAGGCUGCUGCCGACAGCUGGUAACGUUGGUAGAGAUUAAGUGCGCAUGCGCUAAACAGACGUGAAAGAGUAACAGAUUCUGGGAUGGCAAUUCUGGACAUCGUCAAAUUCCGCCAUAAUGUCGUAUCAGCCAUCUUCUCAGCUCUGAUUGGCCCAAAGGACUGCUACGGCCUCUCUGAUUGGCUCAAAAUGCCGCCAUUACAGAAUUUGACAACCUGCAACCUGAAGGAAUUCGACGAUAUCCAAUGUCCAGAAUUGCACCCCUGGUCUACACUAUAAUCUCUCGUGGUGCGAAUGAGCAAAACGGGACACAUAUUCGCAUGAAGCAACAUCAAGCGUAUCCAGCCCAAUGUAAUUCACUGCAGCUAGCGAUUCGCUGACGUUGCAACGUCAUUCUAUAUCACAAUAAAUCCAGGUAAACAAUGCAAUGUUAAAGUAACGCCGACGGGAAACGAGCCCACCUAUCGGUUUGUUCUCUCGUCGGGAUCGUUCUCUCUGGUUUACCGAAUGAAACUAGGGAGGUGUGGUGAGGUUAGCUGCGUUCCCGAAACCGCGCCUAGCUCAGAGAAAAAAGACGAGCGACAUAACUUUCUCGUGAAGCCAUCGCUCGGAAUGACUCUUUGUCGUUGUCUCCAAUCAUGUCCUACUCCCUCUUUUUACCUGUGCUUGUAAAAAUUCGCAACUGCGUCUCCGCUACUUCCCCAGGUGUGCUAUGAUUACUCAUGGUGCAUAUCGUCUUUGAAGAAUCACAGCGUUUGCGUGACACAAGUGUAAAGAAUUUUUUUAAAAUUAUCUCUAUACAUGCUGCUUGAAUUGAUUCUUGACAAGAACGUUGUUACAUUCCUUGUUUGAGUGUGCAGUGACGUCGAAAUGGUCAAUAAAGGAACAA